UCUUCUUCUUCCUCUCUGCGCCGUGCCCCUCUCUCUCAGACAAUACCUUCCUCUCAAAGAAGAAAUGGCGGAAUCUAAGGUGGUGGUUCCAGAGUCCGUCUUGAAAAAGAUCAAGAGGGAAGAGGAGUGGGCAUUGGCGAAGAAGCAAGAAGCUGAAGCUGCUAAGAAGAAGAGCGUUGAGACAAGGAAGCUUAUCUUCAAGAGAGCUGAGCAAUAUGCCAAAGAAUACGCUGAGAAGGACAAUGAGUUGAUCAGGUUGAAGCGUGAGGCUAAGUUGAAAGGAGGGUUCUAUGUUGACCCAGAGGCUAAACUGCUCUUUAUCAUUCGUAUCCGUGGAAUCAACGCUAUUGACCCAAAAACCAAGAAAAUUCUGCAGCUCUUACGUUUGAGACAAAUCUUCAAUGGUGCGUUCCUUAAGGUGAACAAGGCAACAAUCAACAUGUUGCGUCGUGUUGAGCCUUACGUGACUUACGGGUACCCAAACUUGAAGACUGUUAAGGAACUGAUCUACAAGAGAGGUUUCGGAAAGCUGAACCACCAGAGGAUAGCACUCACAGACAACUCAAUAGUGAAUCAAGGUCUAGGAAAGCACAACAUCAUCUGCGUGGAGGAUCUGAUCCAUGAGAUCAUGACCGUUGGACCUCACUUCAAAGAAGCCAACAACUUCCUUUGGCCGUUUCAGCUGAAGGCGCCACUCGGUGGUCUGAAGAAGAAGAGAAACCACUACGUUGAAGGUGGUGAUGCUGGAAACAGGGAGAACUUCAUCAACGAGCUUGUGAGGAGAAUGAACUGAUGAUCAAAGCUUCCUUCUUUGAACUUUGUUCUUCUAUCAGAGACAGUGUUAUGAUUAUGUUACUUCUUCUUCCCAACAAAUUGUUUCUAAAAGAAUCUUAUUUGACUUUUGUUUAUUUUCUCGCCAAAAAGCCUAAAUAUCAAUAUGAGAAUCACCGGUCUGAACGGUUCUUUUA